AUUUUCGAAUUUGCUUCAAAGUCGACCACCAACAACCACCUCAAGAACCAUGUCUGGAAAGGGAAAAGCCGCUACUGGAGGCCGUGGCAAGAAGACUGGCAAGAGCUCGACGCGUUCGGCCAAGGCUGGCCUGCAGUUCCCCGUCGGCCGUGUCGCCCGUUACCUUCGCAAGGGCCGCUACGCCCAGCGCACGGGCAGCGGUGCUCCCGUCUACAUGGCCGCCGUCCUCGAGUACCUCUGCGCUGAAAUUCUCGAGCUUGCUGGCAACGCCGCCCGCGACCACAAGAAGACGCGUAUCAUCCCGCGCCACAUUCAGAUGGCCGUCCGCAACGAUGAGGAGCUGAACAAGCUCCUGGGUGACGUGACCAUCGCCUCGGGUGGUGUGAUGCCCAACAUCCACUCGGUGCUUCUGCCCAAGAAGUCUGCUUCUGCUGGCAAGAAGGGCAAGUCGUCGGCUUCGCAGGACUACUAAGCGGGAUAAUUACGCCGAGCAAGAGUAGUAAACUGUGAUCGUGAUCGUGUCGGUGGCCAACAGAGCUGCUGGCAAGUUUUGCGUGAUCUAACUCGCGUCUGCCGAAUGAUGCAAUUUCUCUGCGAUCAGUGGCUAUGCCCGCUGGCUGCACUCAAUCCUCUGAUGUUUUUCAACAUCACCCUUUUCGAAAGAAACUCAAACAACGAUAGCUGUAGAGGUAUCUGCUGUGUAGUUGAUCCCUGCAACGUAGUAUAUCGUACACCGGUAGGGCUGUCGUUUUUACUGUUCUGAUAGUCACGGUUGAAGGAGG